AGAUAAUCGCUGUCAAUGUAUUUUUGUUCCAAGCUCGUGUUUAUGUUUGCCUGUAAAAAAACAGGAACCACACAGUACAAAAAACGAUUUGUAGAGGAAAACAUUGCAGGACCUUGGAAACUAUCCACAAACAAGCUGCAGGAACCUCACCAAGACCGGGUACCUGGCCGGGAAGCCUACCGGAGUCCCAAUCCCGCCCUUACAAAGCAUGGAACUCUAUCUCUAUGGUCCUUCCGGUGCCGGAACAGAGGGUACACUCUCUCCUCCUGCGGAACUCUAUGGUCGAGGACGCCCUGUGACCUCGGAAGCGAUCCCGGGACGCCGACGGCAAGAUGGCGGCGCGCGCAGCGCUCGGGGCCUUGUGCCGGCGCCUCUGGCAGGCAGGGUCCGAGGGAUUUUUCUGUAAACAGUUCUAAGAUCAGUACACCCAGAAAUGGCGCCUUUCUUCUCAGUUCCAGCAUGAAGUGGGUACAGUUUUCAAACCUUCAUGUUGAUCUUCCCAAGGACGUAACCAGGCCCGAGAUAACUAUUUCUGAUGAACCAGACACGUUGUAUAAGCGCCUGUCGGUUUUAGUAAAAGGCCAUGAUAAGGCAGUGUUGGACAGCUAUGAAUAUUUUGCUGUGCUUGCUGCUAAAGAACUUGGGAUCUCUAUUGAAGUACAUGAACCUCCAAGGAAAAUAGAGCGAUUUACUCUUCUCAAAUCAGUGCAUAUUUUCAAGAAGCACAGAGUUCAGUAUGAAAUGAGAACACUUUACAGGUGCUUUGAGCUAAAGCAUCUAACUGGAAGCACAGCAGAUGUGUACCUGGAAUACAUUCAGCGGAACUUACCUGAAGGAGUUGCCAUGGAAGUUGCAAAGACAAAAUUAGAGCGGUUACCAGAACACAUCAAGAAGCCAAUCUGGGAAAAGAUGCCAGAGGAGAAGGAAGAAAGCACGUCAUAAAGUCUCAGAGACCAGUUGUGUGGGCUUUUGAAUGAGGGGGGCCGGCCCCUGGGCGGAGGUGGAGAGUUCUGCCAGCUGAGACGGUCUCUGCGGAGUCCACCUGUCAGAUCAUGGGCAGCGGGGAAGGGAGCGUUAAGGAUUCAGUGGACUGUAGUGAAAGAGCCACUUUAUCUGUCCUUUAUACGUGUCAUCAUUUCAGUUCUGAUUUUACCAGAUAUGAAUAAACCAUUUUGACCACUAUGCAA